CGCAUGCAUAGGAGACGGGUCUAUGAACCUGAAGCAUCCGGUAGAUGGCAGUGAGCGGUCUCAGGUACCCACCGGAGACCCAGCCUGCCUGCCUAUCGCAGCAGACACCCCCGCACCCAUAUUGCUCAGCGCUCUGACUGUCAGCGCCGGAGUUGCAGGAGGACGCCGCGUGGGUCCGAGAGCGCGUGUGACCGGGAGCCGAGAGCGCUCGCCGUCUGACUUUCACAGACACUCCGGGCUUCGGGAAGGACGGACGGACGAUCCAGCAGCUCAGCGGGAGAAAGUGCAACUAAAUAUCCAAAGUGACUUGUGAGCAAUGCGCCGGCAUCAUGGCCAGAUGGUUCAAGGAACACUUACCGGGAUUCAAAACUACCAAGGCAUCACCUCCGGCUCCCCCGAAACCCGACUACCGGUACUGCCACACGGCGGUGCCCAGCACGCCGGGCUGCCACCAGUCAAGCCCCGGGGCCACUUGUCAUUACCCGAGUGCGGCACAGCCGGACAUUCUCGCCGCCUACAAACUACAGAAGGAGCUGGACUUCGAGGAUCCCUACACCGGGGGAGGGAAUAUUUCCUUUUCCAGCCCAAUUUCAGUCGGCUCGUCGGACAUUAAGUACGUGUCGCCGAAGCACCGGCUCAUUAAGGUGGAAACGCUGGAAAAAAGUGGCUGCCCUCCGAAUGCCGGCGUCUCAUCACCUCCGAGCGUCAGAUCGCCGACUUCCCCUCCCGCCGAGCCGGACAGCCGACAGGAAAAGGUCGUCAUCCUCGAAGACUACGCCGACCCCUUCGAUGCCAAACAGGGCGGCGGGGGCCAGUCCAGCCCAGAGAAGGUCACAGAGAACGAUGGCUACAUGGAGCCCUACGAAGCCCAGAAAAUGAUGGCAGAGAUCCGAGGGGGGAGGGGCCCCAAAGACGGCCCCCUGCGACAGCUGCCCCUGUACGACACGCCAUACGAGCCGGCGGAGAACGGCACCGAUCUGGAUGCAGAGCAUGGCCUGUGCCUCCGGGAGAGCAGGCUGCCGCGGGACGACGAGAGGCCCCCGGAGGAGUAUGACCAACCCUGGGAGUGGAAGCGGGAGCGCAUCUCCAAGGCCUUCGCAGCCCUGCUUUGUUAUGACUGCAUUAGCUUCGCGGGCACUGUAGAUGGCGCCGGAGGCCCCAGGCGGAACAAGGAAGACACCACCACUAAGUCGCUGUCAGUCGAGAUUAAAGUGAUCAAGGACCUGCCCUGGCCUCCUCCAGUGGGGCAGCUCAACAGCACCGCCCCACUGGCCGAGGGUGUGGAGGAUCCGGCCCCGCCAGGACACGCCGCUGGCGAUCAGCACCGUCAUGUGCAGUUUGACGGCGUUGAGAAACCCCAGCCUUCCCCCAGCAAGGACACCAAGGUGCGUCCUCUGCAGAGACACUCCAGCGGCUGCCUGGUGAACACCAAGCUGGGCUCGCUGGACCAGUGCCCCCCCAUCCUCGGCGAGCGUAUCGACCCCUCCUUGCCCCUGGAGAGACAGUUCUGGUACCACGGGGCCAUCAGCCGGAUCGACGCCGAGUCCCUGCUGAGACUGUGCAAGGAGGCCAGCUACCUGGUCAGGAACAGCGAGACCAGCAAGAACGACUUCUCCCUCUCCCUCAAGAGCAGCCAGGGGUUCAUGCACAUGAAACUGUCCCGAACCAAAGACAACAAGUUCGUCCUGGGCCAGAACGGCGGCCCCUUCGACAGCGUCCCCGAGAUCAUCCACUUCUAUUCCAGCCGCAAGCUUCCCAUCAAAGGCGCCGAGCACAUGUCCCUGCUGUACCCUGUGGCCAUCAGGACGCUGUAGCGCCGGCGACCCUCCUUUUAAGGGGGGGCUCUCGUGCCCACUCGAUUGCUGGCUACCCAGGUGUGGAUUAACAGGCAGCUUGUGAGGGCAAAGGGUCAAAGGUCAGAGGAUGAGGUCGCCCCUGUGCUUUUGUGUGAGAUGCCGCCCUUCUCCCCCACCCUUUAUGACAUUUCCACAGGUUCAUUCUCUGACCCCCCUGGGGGGGGGGACUAUCAUCACCAGCUAAGUAGAUGAACACCCCCAGAGGUCAACACCAUCAAGAAACGUUUAUUUUGCAAGAAGCUAUAUAAAUUAUGGAGAACUAAAAAGAAACCGACGAUGUGAACUGAGCUACUCCUUGUUGUUUAGGGUUAUAUGCAAUUAAAUGUGUCGUUUGUUCCUUUAUGGUCGUUACUCCACGUGGUCCUUAAAAAGGAAGCAUCUACGUCUGUCAGAAGAGGGGGUUUGUGGAAGCGGCGUUUAAAUCUCAGUGAAAAGCAGAUACCGGGGAGUAUAUUUCAGAUGGUUUCUAUCCUCAGUACACAUUCCUAUUGACAGACUUUGCCUGAGAUAUUGAUAUAUAAGUUAAUUGUAAAUUAAUUGUAUUGUGAUGUAAAAUUGUGUUCAGAAGCUGUAAUCCUGAAGGACUGGGUUCCUGCACUGAAUGUGGUGUCGGAGAUGUUCUGUGAAGCCUGGGAGAUGUGCAGACACGACCCCCUCUGACCUGCCAGCCCUCCAUGUUUGGUGCCGAUCACUAUCCUGCUGCUGUCCGGCAAACUCCAGCCGCGCAGCUGUAGCUCUGCAGCCGGGAUGGUGACGGCCCCCUCUGCAGGUCCUGCCCCUCCCCGCCUGCGUCUCUUGCCAUCCAGCCCAGAUGAAAUAUGCCUCCUCUGCGAUUCUUCUCCAUUGUUUAAGAGUGAUGGACCCGUCUCAAAGAGUGAAAUUACCGUUGAAUUCUCCAACCUGCGAUUGCUUGAAAUUAGAGCGGCUCAAACACACAUGCAUUAUCUACCUCAGGAAAAAGCGAUCAAUUUUAUUCACCCACCUAUGAAUCAAUAUGUGCGGUGGGGUUACAAGGUAUAGAUCUCAAUUCCCAUCUCAUCUUUCAAAAAAGUUUUACUGAAAACGAUUUUGCCUGAAGCUAAUCAAACACCACUUAAGCGCCAUUAGCCGAGGUAGCCGUGGUUAGUUCGUGAACUGCAGUUGGGUUACUGCCUUGCUGCCUUGCAGUUUGCUCUGACAUACUUAUGGUACAGCUGCAGUGCAUUGCGGGUAAUUCUCACAGAUCCUUUUUAUCCAGGUCUGAAUACAAUAAUUUGAUCUUCCUCUCAUCCAAAGUCAAGUCCCAGUCGCAGUGUUCGAAUCUGACUUGGUGUUUUGCCACUUCACCAUUUAAUUACAGAAUCCCUGCAUUAGUUUGACUGGUGGAAAGUCAGAAAAUGCACAGGUAGUUUAUUUCAUCAUGCCCGUUUUUCUGCGUACAUACCAUAAUGUAGCCGAGCACUGGAUUUUACCCACACAGACACUUUUGAACAUGAUCAACACUAGUAAUUGCUGUGCAGUUCUGCCGUUGUGCCAUGUCGCGUGCUGGGUCAUGUGCUCAGCGGCCUGUGCGACAUCGGCAGUGAUGAACGACACCUACUCUAGGGCUCGCAGUGGUGAGCUGAUUUCUCCGCAUUCAUGUGUUUAAGCUGCUGUACCAUUUCUCUCCAGAGACCCGAGGCUCUCUGUGGACGAAAGGAUAGUCCGUCGACUGGCUGAUAAUUAUGUAAAACUGCUGGCACGUGUAAAACUGGUUCCUGUCCUGGAUUCCCUUUACCCAUAUCAUCCAAGGCUCUGAGACUCCCCUUCUUCUGUCACUAAGUUUAUGUGCUUGUUUUGUUAUGGUACAGCCACUUAUAUUAGCGUUACCUCGGUUACUAGUCAUCAAUAACAUCUAUUUAAAGGAGGUCGCCAUGGCAGCAUGAAUUAUGAUCAUUCAGCUCACACCGUGACAUGGCCGUGCGUGAAUGCUGGGCGUGACAGAUACCCCAGUGCUAUGAGGGCACCUCCGGCCAGUAGGACAGUGUGGCUCCCUCUGCUGGGCCAGCGAGUUGCAAACAUCAAUGACCCACUUCUGUUCAGUAGGAUAUUUUUCAAGUUUCCUUCCCAAAUGACACGGGGCAAAUGGGGGCUGCUCAUCAAGCCAUGGAAUCAGCGGGAGAGACGAUGCAGUUUGCUGACAUGGAGCAGACACGUGGAACCUUUGGGAAAUCACAGGAACUGCGAUUACGUGUCAAUAAGUGACAAUUGAAACUAGAAAAAUGCUCCCGAACGUGAACACGCUCAUGGGAGAUACAGCAUGUUUCGUAAUUAUGCAGUUUCUCGUCCCCUCAGAAGCUACCGGACUUGUGGUGCUUGGCGGGAACCCGAGACGGCAGAAUGGCUUGCUGGCAGCCUCAGGGGAGGCGGGGUGUCAGCCCAGCCGCACCCCUGUGUGUCUGCCAUCUUGCGGGGGUGCGAUUGACCUCCUCGUGUCCUCCCCCCCAUAUAUGCACUAAUCAGGCUGAUCCGUAUAGUUCCUCUUUGCCAAAUGUAUAUAAUGAAUGUAUUGUAUGGGGAUUUCCUGGUAUCGAAAUGUAACGACUGUGGGAAAUAAAGUGGAGUUUAUGAGUCUCUG